UGAUUGAUACACAGAGUCACCACUAGCCGCCCAUCACACCCCUCCUCCUCCUCUUCCUCCCUGACAAACACGUAUACACUGCGUGAUCGCUUCCGGGGCAGGAGUCGCCGCUUUCCGCUCCCAGGCUGCUGAUUCCCAGUCUCACCCUCCUCCUCCUCUGCCACGCUUGCAGCCGCUCGCCCGUCGCCCUACAUCCGGGACACAGCCGGGUGGUAAGUCUUGUGGCCAACAAAAGCCUGAAGAUGCUGCAGGGUACCAUGAAUGAGUCCAGGCUGGGGACCUUACUAUCACUAUUACUACUUGCUCUUGGAUGUGCCACGGCUGCAGAAAUAACAUUUGAACUGCCUGACAAUGCCAAGCAGUGCUUCUACGAGGACAUCACUCAGGGAACUAAAUGUACAUUAGAGUUUCAGGUGAUAACUGGUGGCCAUUAUGAUGUGGACUGCCGGCUAGAAGACCCGGAUGGGAUUGUGCUGUACAAGGAGAUGAAGAAACAGUACGAUAGCUUCACCUUUACAGCUUCUCGUAACGGAACGUAUAAGUUCUGUUUCAGUAACGAGUUCUCCACAUUCACACACAAGACUGUCUACUUUGAUUUCCAAGUUGGAGAAGAUCCUCCGCUGUUCCCCAGCGAGAACCGGGCCACGGCCCUUACACAGAUGGAAUCUGCAUGUGUUUCGAUCCAUGAAGCCCUUAAAUCGGUCAUCGACUACCAAACACACUUCCGCUUAAGGGAAGCACAAGGCCGCAGCCGAGCAGAAGACCUCAAUACUAGAGUAGCCUAUUGGUCUGUAGGAGAGGCAGUUAUUCUCUUAGUUGUAAGCAUUGGACAGGUAUUUCUCCUCAAGAGCUUCUUCUCCGAUAAAAGAACAACUACAACACGCGUAGGAUCAUAACCCUUAUUUUCUAGGGUAUACUUCAUUUUCAAUACACACUGUUUGCCCAACUGCAAAUUUUGUUUGUUUUUCCCUAUUAUCUGUAGGUAAAAGACUGUAUAUAUUGGAAAAGCUACAUUUUACCUUUUAAACUCCACUAUGUAGCCAUCCUUUAAAACAAAACAAAAAAAUGUAAAACAAAACAAGCUGGAGUUUUCUUUUUUGAAGAAGAUACCUUAUUUUAACAUGUGGGAGUUUUUUGUUUUGGGAGAGUAUGGAAUAUUUUGCAUUCUGAUGUUAGAUGUUCAUCUUUGAUGUUAAUAUAUUUCUUCUGAAAGAUGAUCCUGUCCACAUAACCUUUAUUUAAAAGUUUUUUGUUUAUUUUUAAUGUUGCCACUAGUGCCCCUUGGUAGGUGUCCUGUGUGAAGCUAGUGGAAGAGCGUGAUCCUCCUGAUGGCUAGUCAAUGUUGGGAGAAAACUGUAUAUUUGAAGUUGCACAUAAAGGUUAAGCUUUGUAGGCCCUUAAAUUAUAUACACAUGUUCAUAUGGUAUACAGUCCAAGAUUUUUUGCAUCAAGAUAUUUUUCUGAAGAAUGUUUUCUAAUUACUAAAAGUUUGAUUCUUCACACACAUAAUCUGUACUUCAGCCGCAUACAUUUUUUCACCUAUGGCUUUCUGCUUGUGGUUUUACCAAAUUUAGCUCUUUCAAAUAGCUGCUAAAAUGGAAAUACAGUGUACGAUGUUGAACAUUUUUGCAGGAUAAUUUUUAGGAUAAAUAAUAAUUUAGGAUAAAUGUUUUCACAUCAGUUAUCCUACAGUUAGUCAUUUAUAACUAGAAGAAGAGUCUUUUGACUUACAAAAAAAAAGGCUAGAUAUUUCAAUUGAGGGGUGGGGGUGGGGGGAAGAAACAUCCUAGCUAAUUCAUAGCCUGCCUGAGUUCGCUUGCUUUUUGAUUACAAUUGUGCAAGAAAGAAGGAAGCAUUCCAUUCUUUAUAAAUGAGUUCUUGUGUUACUGGAAAUGAAAUAAUUUUAUCCUAAUUGUUUGUGUAUCAAUGCUAUUGUUAUGGAUUAAUGCAGUUUGAGAAAUUAGAUGGGAGAGGGGCAUUUCCUGUGUUGGGUGGGAUUUUCCAGCUACACGUAGUGUUAAACCUGAGUAACUCGGAGGUAAAAAAAUAAAACAAGAUAAUGAGAAAAAACCACAGUAUAACUCUUAUUGUUCCUUCUUAGUUGUGUUUUGUUGAUUAAUAUAUGGAUUUUUGGGGUAGUUUGUUCUCACUCUCUUCUAGAUCUACCUUAAGUCCAGCUCACAGGCGCAGAACACUUUUUACUUACUACUAUAUGGCUAGUAGUGUGGCUUAAAGUAUCACCCAUCAUCUGUGGCUUCAUAAUGACAACACUAGUAUUUAUUAUUUGGUUAUCAUUAAAAUAUAUAAUCCCUUAGGAGUCCCUUUUACCUUUUGUAGCUCCUUUCCUUCUCAAGGUGAAAGUUUGGUCAGGUCAGGGAUGUUGUAUGUUCUCAUCGGUCACUGGUACAUCUAGUCUGCAGCGAGGACAAUGACAAAAAAAAAAAAAAAAAAAAAAGCUUCUGGUAGGUGGGUUAAAAGUGGAAAAUUAACUUCUUGACUACAUGAUUACAAUCGUGUGGGUUUUUUUUUUUUUGAGGGGGGUGUGGGUUUAAUACGCUGAAGUGUGCUAAACCAAUUUAUAAUAUGCUUGUAAUAUUACAUUGGGUGUAAAUUCUGCAGUCUUUUCUGAUUGGGAAACAUGGUCUUUUGUUCACUUGAUGCUUAGGUGAUUGGUUAUUUUUUACUGCUUUUGUGAUAACACGUUUCAGUUAACCAGACUGUUGUAGAAUUAUUUAACAAAAAUAGUUACAUUUUUCAUUCUGAAUAAGAUUAUUUUUUAAUUUUUUUUUUUUUUUUUAUGUGCCCUCACCAAGCAUUGUUUUUCACCUACUUUCCUAAAUAUCCUUCAAAUGGAAAUAUUGGUUCAUUAAGAAUUAUACUCCUUUUACACUGCCGCAAUAACCUGGGUAGCUUGAAAGGUUGGUCCUGGGAAGGACCCGGGUUAGGUAGCCGUAUGACCGGGUAAUCUGGGUCAUCCGACCGGCGUCCUGUUCACUACCGCAUUCCCGGCGCUUGGAGUUGAUGUAAUCUCCAAGCACCGGCAGAGGUAAGUACUGGCAGUAUCCCGGGUCCAGCCAGUGGUGUGAAAGGGUUUCAUACUAGAAACCCUUGUUCAAUAACCUGAUCUGGACCCAAGAUUUCCCAAUAAAGGGGGUAUUACUGAUAUCACUAAGGCACCUCAUGUGGCCUGUCUGACAUACUUUAGGCACUGGUUCCUAAUAAAUAGGUAGGCUUCAUUCCUUGCAUUAAUAUUGGUUCAGUCUUCAAAAUGGCUGCCUUCACUGCGAGUGAAAGGUGUACCUCCUCUAAAGGAGAAAUGUAUUAAUAUGGCUGAGUUGCUGAUCUUAAAAUAACCAGAAUGGCACAGAAGUUAUAUAUCUCAGUCAAUACACUUCAUAUUACAAUAUUAUGAUGUGAAACCUUACAAAAAAUAGCAGGCAUGAGAGACUAUUGUUUAAAGGUAAGAAGUAGUUAUAAACCACAUUUUGUCAGUCAUUCACAUUUGAGUGUGCAUCACCGUGCCCCUUAUCUAUCAGCUGUCUUUUUUGUUUUUGUUUAAAAGGAUCUAGUAUGAAUUACCAGCGGGUGGGAUGCCCGCUGUCAAAUCCUAACAGCGGCAUCCCAGCCGCCAGAAUGCCAGCAGCGGGGUGAGCGCAAAGAGUCAAUCCUAAUCAGUCAGCAGGUAAUUACAUUGCUCAUUUAAGGAACAUAAAUGCAAGCAAUUUUCAAAGCAACAGUUUGCUUUUUUUUUCUAGUUGAGGAAGAGACUAGAUACCACAUAAGUAUGGUUAUCAGUUCAAGGCAGGCCACAAUGAAAUGAAAGGCACAUACCAGUGAUUUAUUCACCUUUUUAAAGUUCUAUGGGUUCUCCUUUUGAUUUGAGGUGUAUGAGUCACAUAGUGGCUGCAAGUAAUACCUCUGUGUACAGAACCAGAAAAGAUGGACACCAUAGUUAUUUGUGCUCACCAUAUGGGAACGUGAAAAUAAAGGCAAUGGUUCUGCAGAUUGUUGUUAGGAGCCUUUUAUCUCCCUAGCACCAAAAAUAGAUUUGAGUCUUGCAGAAAUGUGCCCAUUGUCAAGCGCACCAUCAUGCCAGUAUGCUGUCACCAUGCAGUUUGGUGGGGACAGUCACUUUGCACCUGAUGUAUGUGUUUGGAAGGAUGGCAGUGAAAUAAAAGCAUGUUUCUACGAUUUGAAUAAAUACAUUAAAACUGUCGUUGACUGAA